CACUCCGUAGGUAUAUAAGCCUGGCAACUCUCGUUUACAUUUUUAUCUGAUUGAUUUCCUCAGUGCCGGGCCGCGCAUACGCAUACUUUGCCAUAUAUCUACGAAACUCAACUAUGCUUCGUCCUUGCUGGUAACAAGCUGCCACCCAUGUACCUUGUCCCAAUGGUCCACCCCCUCAAGGCAUAAUGGUCUUCCUGUCUUUCCCGCAUUCUUUGCAAUGGUGCGAAGAAUUCUGGUCCUCGCAGGUGCGCCGGAAAGCCGCACACUGAACUGGGAGGAGUCGAAUCUUCUAGGUCAAUUCUUAGAUCCUAUCGCCACUUUCGCUCGCAUCGAUGCGGCUGCUUCGGAACCCGCUCUGGGACCCGCCCUCGACGUCGCCGUCUGGAGAUCUAUACCGCUUACGAGGACUGCCCUGCCGACCGGCUUCUCCCAGAUCCACCACAUCAGAGAGGACGAUUUCGGAGAUGAGAGAUUCUUCAAUUCUGCUGGGUCUUCGUUCGACGCGGCUUCUGGGUGCUCGGGUUCGAGUGCGGCGACCCAAGAAAUCCUAGACCGGUUCUACGAUCAUUCCUUAGCAGUUCACGAUGACAUCCCAUCGUCUGAGCUGCCCACCGCCAGCUGUGGGACCACGCUGUCUUCUUUCGAUACUACGGGGGACCAGAGCUCUCAUAUGUCCAUCCAAAGCAACGAUUUGUCGAUUGGCCAGGACCAGCCCUCGGUUGCUCAGUCAGCUCAUCUGAGCGAUCUCGAGGAUGUGCCUAAUGCCUCCUAUCUCGAGUCCAUCUCACCCCAGACUAUGACGGUGAACCUCAUCGUCGGGAUAAUUUCCAUCGCCGAGCCGCGCACUGUGAAAACCAGAUGGGGUUCGACUUUGUCCCUCAUCGAGCUUCUCGUCGGAGAUGAGACCAAGUCCGGCUUUAGCGUCACGUUCUGGUUAUCGUCCGACCUCGGCGAAUCGUCGAGCAAGAUUCUUAGGGAGCUCCGCAGACAGGAUAUCGUCCUUCUCCGGAAUGUCGCGUUGAGCGUCUUCAUGAACAAAGUGCACGGGCAUAGCUUGAGAAAGGGUCUUACCAAGGUAGACCUGCUCCACCGAAGGAGAUUGGAUAGGUCCGACCGGGGGGGCUUAUACAAUCUCAAGGACGUUUCUUCGAAAAAGUCGGCACAUCCGCAAUUGCGUAAAACGAGAAGGGUGCGAGAAUGGGUCAUGAACUUCGUCGGCGGCGGCGGCACGGCCCUAGGAAAAAGGCGACGGGGCGGGAAGUCUGUCAGAAGCUGGGACAUGCCGCCGGAGGAUUCGCAGUGAACCUAUCGCACCAUAAGCUCGCCUCGCGUGGCGUCACUAGGAAACGGGUCAUCGCCCGGGAGCAUUUUUGGGGGGACAUUUCGAGGUCGUACAUUGAUAACGCAGCGUAUUCCUCACCGUAGGAUGGGUACAUUCGGAGGAGUGCGAUAUACCUAGCGACGUCGUCGAGGGACGAGAUAGAUUAUAGCAGGAAGGAGAGUUGGGCGCUCGUCAACAAUUGACCAACUUGCCUCCUACCUACCUACCUACCUA